CUUAUGGAGAUCAGUUUUUUCCAGAAUCACCACGUUGAGCCGACGCUUUCUCUACAGAUACCUGGACUUUGCUCGGGUUACCACGGGGACCACCUCUCUGACCCCUCGCUGGGACAAGUGUGUGAAUUAUGUAGAAAACACACUCAUCUAUGCCACCGGUAGGCUCUUUGUCGAUAAGCAUUUCCAAGAGGACAAGAAACACAUGGCUCAUGCAGUCUUGGCGAAAGUGGGUUACCCAGACUUCAUCUUAAAUGACACCUAUAUUAACGAGGACAUCAAACGAUUGUCGUUCAGUGAGACGGACUACUUUGGGAAUGUCAUGCAGACCCUGAAGUUCAUAGCUCAGUCUGACAUCGGCUGGCUGAGGAAAACAGUCCCACGCACAGAGUGGUUCACCAACCCAACAACAGUAAAUGCAUUUUACAGCUCCUCUACCAACCAGAUCAGAUUCCCUGCGGGAGAACUUCAGAAGCCAUUUUUCUGGGGACUUGACUACCCUAGAUCCUUGAGCUAUGGAGCGAUUGGUGUAAUUGUGGUGCAUGAACUGACCCAUGGCUUUGAUGACAAUGGCAGGAAAUACGACAAAGAUGGGAACCUGGACCAGUGGUGGAGCAACUCCUCAAUCACCCGCUUCACUGAAAAGACACAAUGCAUGAUUGACCAGUACAACAGUUACUACUGGAGAGAGGCGGGGCUAAAUGGCAAGGGGAAGAGGACUCUGGCAGAGAACAUUGCGGACAAUGGAGGGAUGAGAGAAUCUUUCAGGGCCUAUAGGAGAUGGAUUGAAAAAGAGAGAUCAGGAGUCGAGGAGCAUCUCCUACCUGGUGUGGGUCUGACCAACAACCAGCUGUUUUUCCUCAGUUAUGCUCAUGUUUGCUGUAAUGCCUACAGACCAGAAGCAGCACGUCAUCAGAUCCAGAGUGGAGCUCACAGCCCUCCUAAAUAUAGGGUUAUCGGGGCGAUGAGCAACUAUGAAGAGUUCCAUAAAGCUUUUAACUGCCCUGAGACGUCAAUCCUGAACAGGGGGACGAAGUCCUGUCGAGUGUGGUAAUGAAAAAGAGGACCCUGUGAAGAUUUCAAUCACAGCACAACCCAAAUCUCCCUAUUUUGUCUCGUUCACUGGUUUCUUAUAGUGAAACAGCGGUUACUAACACUGAAUUCUAGGGCCGUGCUGACGACUGAGCACCUGGCCCUCCUUCAGCCACUGGAACACUGUAGAUAAAAUGUACAGUGCCUACAAACCUGAGAGUGCUUCAGCCAGAUCUGCAUUUUACUGUCUGACCUCAAUUAAAAUGUGCAAAUGCCAAACGGACCAUAAAAUUCCUUUGAGGCCUUUCUUUGGUUCAUCACUGUUUUUUACACAAACCAAUUAUGUUGCACUGUCGCUUUAAGAGUGCUAUAAAUUAUUAUUGUAAUUUUCGUUGUUGUUGAUAACAGUUAACAUUGUCUGUCAUUUUAUUUGAUUGAAACCACAAGUAAAUA